AUGUCGUCUGAACAAAUGUUACAAAUACUUGAAAAUUGUGUCAAUGAAUUUUAUGAUUCCAAAACAUCACAUGAACGUAAAAAUUAUCUACAUCUUCAAUUAAAUGAAUUUUUAAAUGGUGUACAAACAUGGAAAAUAUGUUUAGAAUCUCUUCGUUCAAUAAAAAAUCCAUUAUUAACAUAUUAUCUAUUACAAACAUUUGAACAAUUAAUUAAAUAUCGUUGGAAUACAAAUGAACAUAUUAGUAUGGAUGAACAAAUAUUAAUAAGAGACACAUUAAUUUAUUAUUUAAUUGACUCAUUUUCGUCAAUGGUUAGCUAUAUUAGAAAUAAAAUAAUGAGUUUAAUAGUACAAAUAGCUCGAAAAGAUUGUCCAAGAUAUUGGCCAAAUUUUUUUACAACUAUUUUACAUUUCAUCAAUGAAAAAUCAUCAUUAAUUGGUUUAUGUUUAUUAACAACAGUAUUCGAAGAAUUACCAUUAAACAAAGAGGAUAUUUCCAUUGAACAUUACCAUGAAUUAAUUAAAUGUCUAAAUCAACAAAUUCCAUAUAUAAUUGAUAUAUUAAAAAGUUUUCUAAAAAAAUUAAUGAAUAUUUUACCUACACAUGAUUCCAACAAUGAAAAAUCUCUUGAUUCUAAUUCUUAUCUUAUUUUACGUCAGAUAUUUUUAUGUAUGGAUCGUUUGUUCAACUGGUUGCCAGCUUCGUUAACGAAUAAUAUAGAUCUGGAUUUGUUAGAUAGUAUUUUUGACUAUGUAAGAUUAGGAUUAAGAUCAACAACGAUAAAUGAACAAUAUAUGGAUAUUAGUUUAUUAUCAAUGAAUUGUAUUCAAGAAUUAUUAGUAAAACAACGUGGAACAAAUGAAUUUGAAGAUAAAUUAUUGAAAUUAUUUGAACAAAUAUUUUCUUUGACUGAUACAAUUUUAAAUCAAAAUAAUCUAGUACAAAUCGAUGAGAGAUAUUUAACAAAAUUAACAGAAUUAAUUCGUCUAUUAUUCAAUAUACAUUUGCAACGUGUUGAAAUUAAUCAAAAUUUUCCUCUUUGUUUAACAUUAUUAUAUAGAUACACAGUUCAACAGGUUUGA